AUGAGAGAAAGGCUCAAGACGGUGUCAGGUGCCUUAGUCUUAUGCCUAAAUAUCGGCGUAGAUCCACCUGACAUUGUAAAGCCUAGUCCUUGCGCAAAACUUGAAUGUUGGGUUGAUCCUUUUUCUGUUCCACCGACGAAAGCUUUAGACGCCAUUGGCAAAAAUCUUCAGGCUCAAUAUGAACAGCUCAGCAUUCGAACUCGAUAUAAACAAUAUUUAGACCCUUCGGUUGAUGAGAUGAAAAAGUUUUGCACAAAUUUGAGAAAAAGUGCCAAGGAAGAACGCGUUUUGCUUCAUUAUAAUGGUCAUGGU